GGCUGGGGCGCCUCCACCUCCUCUUCCUAAAGCGGCGAAGCGCAGACGAGCGGCAUCACUCGAGCCCAGGUCGCCGGCACCGCCACACCCCGAGCCCCGCAUCCAGGAAGCGGAGCUCCAGCGGAGGCGUCUACUUGGGUUGGCCGGUGCCAGAAAGGCCCGGGUCGAAAAGCCUCGGAGGGCCGCCCAGCUACCCCUGGAGGAGGAGCCAGCCCGAGCUCCUGGCGCCACCGCCGCGCGGAGAGCGCGGAGCAGCAGCCGCCUCCAUGGCCCACUCCCCGGUGGCGGUCCAAGUGCCCGGGAUGCAGAAUAAUAUUGCUGACCCAGAAGAACUGUUCACAAAAUUAGAACGCAUUGGAAAAGGAUCUUUUGGAGAAGUAUUCAAGGGAAUUGAUAACCGUACCCAGCAAGUGGUUGCUAUUAAAAUCAUAGAUCUCGAGGAAGCAGAAGAUGAAAUUGAAGACAUUCAACAAGAAAUAACUGUUCUGAGUCAGUGUGACAGCUCAUAUGUAACAAAAUACUAUGGAUCAUAUUUAAAGGGUUCCAAAUUAUGGAUAAUAAUGGAAUACCUGGGUGGUGGUUCAGCACUGGAUCUUCUACGAGCUGGCCCGUUUGAUGAGUUCCAGAUUGCUACCAUGCUAAAGGAAAUUUUGAAAGGUCUGGACUAUCUGCAUUCUGAAAAGAAAAUUCACCGAGACAUAAAAGCUGCCAAUGUCUUGCUCUCAGAACAAGGAGAUGUUAAGCUUGCUGACUUUGGAGUUGCUGGACAACUGACAGACACCCAGAUUAAAAGAAAUACCUUUGUGGGAACGCCGUUCUGGAUGGCCCCUGAAGUUAUUCAGCAGUCGGCUUAUGACUCAAAAGCUGACAUUUGGUCCCUGGGAAUUACUGCUAUUGAACUGGCCAAGGGAGAACCACCCAACUCUGACAUGCAUCCAAUGCGGGUUCUGUUUCUUAUUCCAAAGAAUAACCCUCCAACUCUUAUUGGAGAAUUUAGCAAGUCCUUCAAGGAGUUCGUUGAUGCUUGCCUGAACAAAGAUCCAUCAUUUCGUCCUACAGCUAAGGAACUUCUGAAACACAAAUUCAUUGUAAAAUAUUCAAAGAAGACCUCUUAUCUGACUGAACUGAUAGACCGAUCCAAGAGAUGGAAGGCAGAAGGACACAGUGACGAUGAAUCCGAUUCUGAGGGCUCUGAUUCGGAAUCCACCAGCAGGGAGAAUAAUACUCAUCCUGAAUGGAGCUUUACGACUGUGAGGAAGAAGCCUGAUCCAAAGAAACUACAGAAUGGGGCGGAGCAAGAUCUUGUGCAAACCCUGAGCUGCUUGUCCAUGAUAAUCACACCUGCAUUUGCAGAACUUAAACAGCAGGAUGAGAAUAAUGCUAGCCGGAAUCAGGCGAUUGAAGAACUCGAGAAAAGCAUUGCUGUGGCUGAAGCUGCCUGUCCUGGCAUCACUGACAAAAUGGUGAAGAAAUUAAUUGAGAAAUUCCAAAAGUGUUCAGCAGAUGAAUCCUCCUAAGAAGGUUUUAUUAGUGGCUUCUGUUUGGUAUGGAUCCAGAGAAACCCACCAAAGCUACUUCAAGCUUAACAAUGCUUAAUUCAUAAAUUCCAUGUGCCUUUAGCUCUUUGCAACAUUGAUGUUUUGAACAAAGCUACUCAACUAUUUUGCUAAGUGUUUUCAUUUUAUAUUUUCAAGAGAUUGUUUUGUAAGAACUGUCUUUUAAUACUAUAGUUUCGCCUGUAUUCUAGAAAAUAUUGAGAUACUUUUUUGUUUUUAAGUAUCAUUAUUACUUAAUAGGAUGAGUACUUUUUGUUUUGAUCUUUCCUCAUUUGCACACUCAUAAAGCUUCUAGGCCUUUCAAAGUCAUCCCAAAUUUUUUACCUUUCAUAAAUCAUUACGCGUUAGAGUGCUAUUUUUUGGUUUUAUCACAAGCAUAUUUUUAAAAUGACUAUUGGUGGGAAGAUAGAAACAGGUCGUACCUUCUUGCAAUAGAUUUUUAUGAGCUUUUGGAAAUGAAACCUGGAAACGUGUUGACUCUUUUACCGCUUGGUAAGAUAUUCUUGGCAUCUCAAUGAUGAUCACAUUUGAGAGCCCUGUGUUUGAAGCAUUUGUAAGUAAAAUGUAAUAACAAAGGUAACUCUUCUCUUCAGAAGAGACAAUUAACUGGUUUUCUAACAUGGUUGGAAUUUUAUUUUAAAUACCAUUUAUCCAAGGAUGGAUUUUUGGUACUACUUCAAGAAUUAUAUCAGGCUUCAUUUUUAAAAUCUUCAAUUCAAAUUGUGUAUCAUAUGCUUGGAUUUGGGAAGCCUAAAACACUGAUGAUCAUGUGAUUACAUACCUGAUCAGUGAGUAUUAAUAUAAGUAACAAGAGCAUAUGUUUGUCAUGGUAGUGAAAUGUCCUGUAAACUAUUUAUGGACUUCAUUUUUCCUAAUUAUUAGUACUUAAGCAUCAGUUGUUCAUUUUUGAAACUGUAUUUAAGUGAACAUUGUGUAGUUCAUGUGAAAAUAACCAUAGUACAGGAUGACUUCUGUCUGUAGAAUGGUGAGUUAGUCUGUACAAUUGGUUUUCAAUUAUAUUUAUGGUACUGUUACAUGAGUAAUACCUUUUUUCUCUUAAACUCGGUAUAUAAUAUUAUGCCUGCCUAAGUUCUGAACUGGGUCUCUAUUUCAGUAGUUGUAGAAUUAUUGAUAUUAGUUUUAAUAGUUAAUAUUUUGUUGUUGGGAUCUGCAGUUUUGUCUUUGCACAAAAGUCAUUUUAAAAAAUAUCAGUAAUUGCCAAAUAUUAGAAGAAAGAUGUUCUUCAAGCCAUUUUUAACCAAAAUGACCAUUAUCUUAUUCUUUUGUAAUGUGAAACGCCCGUGAAUAAGUUGUGCCAUAUGCCAGAAAUGUUGUUGUAAUUGGUGCCUAGACCAUAACAAUAUUAACACAUUGUGCUUAGAAAUAAUUGUUCAGUUAAAAUUUUUACCUGCAAUGUGAUUAAAACCCAAAUCAGUUUAUAAUUAAUUGGUAGAGAUCUGAAAGUAAUUUUGCAGCACAUUUCAUGAAUGAAAUGAAUAUUUUUGUAAAAGUAAAAGCAACAAAUUUAUAAAUUGAAUAUUUAAGCCUCUACAACACAACUAUACCACAAAUAGGAAUUGUAUUACUCAUUUGUUGUUAUUAGUCUUGUAAACAGUUUCUAGACAAAGUAUACUCUAGUGUUUGUUGAGGGGAGUGAAAAAUAAAUAUUUAAACUUCGUGGUC